AUGGUGUACGUGUCCAACGGUCAGUGGAGUUCAUCAGCCUCUUCUUUAAGACCAUCAUCGACCCCGGCAUGUCCAAGAACGGGACGUCUGCCACAUCACGCUUCAGCGACGGCAGAGGACCCCCGGGGCCCCCUGGUGGAAGGAGGAGGAUGGGCAGAAUCACUCAUGGAGGAGGUCCUGGAGCUCCGCCCAUGGGAGGAGGAGGAUGAGGAAGGUAAAGGCCUACCCUCUCGGUGUAGGCCCUGGUCCCUCGGUGACCCGCCUCUCAGCAGCUGCCUGUUCCCACAGUUCAUGACGCCGUCCCGGGACACCUCCUGUAGGAUGCCUUUUGGCCUGAAGAACGCAGCCCAGUCGUUCCAGCGGCUAAUGGACUCGGCACUCAGGGACAUGCCUUUCAUCUUCGUCUACUUGGACGAUGUCCUCGUCGCCAGCUCCUCGGAGGAGGAGCACCUGACACAUCUCCGAGUUCUUUUUACACGGCUCGACCAGCACGGGCUGAUCAUUAACCCGGCUAAGUGUGUUUUUGGGGUGCCGUCCAUAAAGUUCCUCGGGCAUCUCAUCACCAGUGAGGGGGCUGCCCCCCUCCCUUCGAAGGUGGACGCCGUUUCCACUUUUCCACGCCCACGCUCGGCCCGGGGGCUCCGUGAGUUCCUCGGUAUGGUUACCUUCUACCAUCGGUUCAUUCGACAAGCGGCUCACGUAAUGCGCCCGCUCUACGAGGCCCUUAAGGCUUCUGCCAUUUACUACGCUGCCGUGUGUCGGGCCCCGGGCAGCACAGAGCGGGACAGAAACAGACUGAACAAGCUGGUCAGGAGGGCCAGCUCCACUCUGGGCUGCUCCCUGGACUCUGUGGAGGAGGUGAGGGACAGGAGGCCCCUGGACUCUGUGGAGGAGGUGAGGGACAGGAGGCCCCUGGACUCUGUGGAGGAGGUGAGGGACAGGAGGCCCCUGGACUCUGUGGAGGAGGUGAGGGACAGGAGGCCCCUGGACUCUGUGGAGGAGGUGAGGGACAGGAGGCCCCUGGACUCUGUGGAGGAGGUGAGGGACAGGAGGCCCCUGGACUCUGGGGAGGAGGUGAGGGACAGGAGGCCCCUGGACUCUGGGGAGGAGGUGAGGGACAGGAGGCCCCUGGACUCUGUGGAGGAGGUGAGGGACAGGAGGCCCCUGGACUCUGUGGAGGAGGUGAGGGACAGGAGGCCCCUGGACUCUGUGGAGGAGGUGAGGGACAGGAGGCCCCUGGACUCUGUGGAGGAGGUGAGGGACAGGAGGCCCCUGGACUCUGGGGAGGAGGUGAGGGACAGGAGGCCCCUGGACUCUGUGGAGGAGGUGAGGAACAGGAGGCCCCUGGACUCUGUGGAGGAGGUGAGGGACAGGAGGCCCCUGGACUCUGUAGAGGAGCUGAGGAGCUCCUUCAGUGGAAGACUGAGGCACCCUCAGUGUAGGAAGGAGCAGGGCCUUUAUCCCCACCGCUGUCAGACUGUACAAUAA